GCGCCUAUAUUAAGCGCGCGACAACGCAGUUCAUUCACAUGUUUAGUUGGGAGUAUUGCGUGACGUGGAGUUUAUACAUAAAACUAAAUCAACCAUGGACUCAGAAGUGGAUAGAAGUUAUUAUGCUGCUGUGGAGACACUGAACAACAAAUUACUUUCCCUGAGAGGCUGGCACGAGCAGUCAAGCAGGCUGAAGUACGAGGGCAAGAUGGAUCUCAUCAUUCCAAUGGUCAACAAGUUUAUUCACAGGUCGGGGCUGACAGACAAAGAAGUCGAUAAGCUGUGCAUGAUCCAUAUAACUGGAACAAAAGGCAAAGGCUCUACCAGUGCCUUCACAGAAAGUAUCCUGCGUCACCAUGGCUACCGUACAGGCCUCUUCACCUCCCCCCAUCUUGUUGAAGUCAGGGAGAGGAUUCGCAUUAAUGGCCGACCACUUAGUAAGGAAAAGUAUUGCCAUUAUUUCUGGAAGGUGUACAACAAACUCAAAGAAACUGAAGAGCCAGAAUACCCCAUCGAAGAAGGCAGGGGAAUGCCAGCAUACUUUGCCUUUAACCUAGUGCUUUCAUUGCACAUAUUCCUCAAUGAAGGUGUCGACAUAGCCAUCAUGGAGGUCGGCAUUGGUGGUCUAACAGACAGCACAAACUUCAUCCGCAACCCUGUCGCCUGUGCCAUCACUUCUCUUGGCUUGGAACACACAGAUGACCUGGGCGACACCAUUGAGUCCAUUGCAUUCCAGAAAUCCGGCAUCUUCAAGUGCCACUGUCCGUCUCUCACCACCCCGCAGUGUGAUUCAGCUCUUCAAGUUAUCCUGAACAGAGCUAUAUCAAUGGAGUGCCCCCUCAGUGUCGUGAGUCCUUUGUCUGAGGAGGUUUUGAAAGAAUACAACUUCAAUCUGAGUAUUGCUGGUGAUAAACAGAGAGAUAACGCUGCUUUAGCCAUCGAGUUGUUCCACAUUUGGGAAGAUUAUCAGCACAAAAUUGAGCGGCCCAGAGUGAAAGCUGACACAUCCUUGGCAGAUAUUCCAGUGCUGACAUGCAUAACUUUGGAUGAAGCAACCAUUAAAGGUCUUUCUACCUGCAAAUGGCCAGGUCGAGCCCAGGUGAUUGAGAGAGAUACGAUCACAUACUAUAUUGAUGGUGCACACACUAAGGAAAGUAUGGAGUUGUGUAAUGGUUGGUUUGCUGAUGCUGCUGAGAAAGAGAAGACCAGACUGGGUGGUAAGGUUGUGAGGGUCCUAAUGUUUUUUACUGCUCCUGAGAGGGAUCCUGAGGUCCUCGUGUAUCCCCUGAGGCACUGUGAGUUUGAUGCUGCUGUGUUUUGUCCCUUUGUUGUUUCUACAAUAGAAUCCCAGUGCAGACCAGAUCUACAGCUGAAGAAACUUGAUCCCAAAGUCCAGAGUGAGACUGUGGAAAGGAACAAGUUGGCCUGGGAUAAACUAGUGGCCAACGCGCAAAGAGAAAAGAAUAACUUGCGCCUCUUGAAAGAAGGGUGGCCUGUUAAAAAUAUCCCCGCUGGUGCCCAGACUGCCAGACUGGACAGCAGCGAUGCUGACAGUUCUGAAAAAUCUUCUGUGAUCUCAGCGUCCACCACAGAGUCUGACCGCAGUGACCUCAUGUCCAUAGCAAGUAGUGAUAAGAUGUCUGUGGAGAGCACAGAGGACCCUGAAGGGGUUGAAGUCCCCAACAACCGAGACAUUCUGCCAGUGGGCGACAUGCCUAAUUAUGUCCUUGAGCCCAGUCUUAUCCUCAACGCUAAUUUAAUUAGCGAGACGGACAAUAUUAAUAACUUAUUACUAGACAAUAAUCUUGCAUUAAGCAAGCUCGAGACAACAGAAACCUCAGGCUUUAUUAACGAGAAGCCGUCGCUGAUAUUCCCCUGUAUUAUAGAAGCACUUGCCUGGGCUGGCCAAGGGAGAGAUCCUACUGUCAAGGUACUUGAUUCUCAAGCCAUUCCUCAGCCGAUUCCACCCUUCUUGCAAGACGCCACCCACAUCCAGAUCCUGGCUACAGGUAGCCUCAACUUUGUGGGGGGAGUGCUGGAUGUCCUGACGUCUAUCAGCGGGGACGUGUACUCGUGAAUGUUUCCACCGCUCGCGGAACCCAGCGGGGGGUUACGGACACUCGCUAUGCUUUUAUUCACCUUGUUAUAAAAUAUCAAACUCAUUUUUUUGCCUACGAAUUUUUUCAGGUGUAUCACCUUUAGAUCUAAAUUGUUGCACUUUUUAAUAAAAAAAAAACAAUUCUCAGUACUACCUGCCGUAUUACUGUAAAUUACAAUGAGAUAAGCCAUAGAGAUUAAGAUCAUUUUGUCUGACUAAUGAUAAUUAAGACAUGUGGUUUCUGCUAAAAAAACAAACCUUGAUUAAUUUUGUCAAAGCAUUUAUAUUCCUGGUGCCUUGCAGUGAGUUUUUAAAAAAGUAAAAUAAAUGGCAUUCAAUGUGUACAAAAUUGAUCUGAUCCGGUUGCUGUCAUGUGUUUAAAUGAGAUAAUUCAACUAUCGUUAAUAUACUCCUGGUGCAAUCUGGUUAGUUUUUAACCAGAGAUAUCUGUAAUAUUGUUGUAACAAAUUACUCUCCAAAGCUCCGAUAUUCAUGGCCUUUAUCAUGACAUAAUACCUUGCCAGAUAAUUUUAAAUGGAUUUAAUGUUUUUAAUUUUAUUGGAAAACCAGGGGGGUGGGGGGAGGUUGGGUCAGGAUGUUAAAAAUUAUACAACUAAAAAAUGUAAAUAAACAAGUUGAUGUAAUUAAAAGAACAAGGCAGUCAUUUGUUGUGGUUGUGUAAUUAAGUUUUAACUAAUUGAGUUAGUGUUAAGUGGCACAGUUCAAAAGUAUCCAUUAUGUUACAAGUGGGUUUUUUUUCCCCAGCUAUCCAAGUUUAAACAUGAUAUUAAAACACAAAUUACCAAACAUUGUAUCAGUGCAGUAGUACUGCUUGAUUAUCUAAGUUAUUGAAAAACUUGACACGGAAUUUCAUGUUUUCCAAUGUCCAAACUUGACACAGUAUUUAAAAUUUCCUUUCAUUGUUAUACUGCAGUAGUACUAGUGGCUUUCUAGAUAAUCCAAAAUUUAAGAUAUUCAUUAACUCCUUUCUAGUCCAAAAAAUUGUGCAUUUUUUAUUUAAAAAUUUUUUUCACCAUGGAAACAAAUCUUAGAGAAGCGAGCACACUGAACACAGCAUUAACUCUAGCACCUGUCUCGUGCUGCUUACUCAAAGCUUCUACUUGUUUAACUCCGCUGCUAACUUAAGAAUGGUAUGAGCUCGUUGACCAAUGUACUUAACAGUUAAACCAUGUUCAUUUUAUUUUUUUUUACAUGUGGAUAUGUUAAUCAUGACUGUUACACAACCUCCCAGUUUUCCUUCAACUGUAAUUCCUUUAGUGUAAAUUUAUUUUUAAAAAUAUUGCAUACUGCUUAAGCCAUCUGAUGCAUUAUUCAUUUUAAAUUAUUUUUUUUUACAGACAUUUUCUGAUUCACUAGUCAGUCCACUGAUAGUACUGCUGCUAAUGUUAUUGUUGUGGUGCAGUUCUAUUGUUAUUUUUAUGCUGAUAUACCAGUGUAUAUUUUAUAUUUUUACUUCAAAAGUGCACUAAUUCAAAUGAUUCUCACAGUUUCUUCCAGGUAUUAGAACUUUUAUAUAUCUCUUAGUAUUAUUUCCUUUUCAAAACAAAUAAUACACCUUAAAAUUACAUGCUAAUUAAAACAGCAUUUGUAAUGUAUACUAUUACUAUAGCUGUUUUUUGUUUAAAAAAUUGCACUACAGUGUUCAGAGUUCUUUCCCUUUUUCAACCUAUAUUAUGCUAAACUCUUUUUUCAUUGCUCUUUGUGAAAGCUUAAAUCCUGCUUCUGUCUUUCACUGUUGACUAUUUAAUUUUUUAAAAAAGCCUUUUUCGUUUUAUUUGUAAAACUUCUUUAAAAACAGUUUUUAAAACUAAAUUUUUGUUCUCUUCUCUAAUAAAAUGAUUUUCUAGAUUAAAAACAAAAAUCUCAAGGUUUUUCUUAGAUCUAAAAAUCUCUUUCUAUUACUUUUAUAGUGUUUAUAAAUUAUAUGGUCAGUGUACAUUUUGAGCUACUGCAUGCCUGAUAUUAA